UUCGCUCUCUCUCUCUGUAGAUCGGGAGGAGUUUUCCGGCGAAGGAGCCGAGAUGUCGCACAACGGCACCGUCCCCCUUCAUCCUUCUUCCCAGUCGGACAUUGACGAGAUCGAGAACCUCAUCAACCAGAGCGUCCAGGCGGCCAGCCUCCAUGGAUCCGUUCCCGUCGCCCCUGCCCGGCCGCCGAGCCCGCCCAGGGUGUCGAUCCCCGUCUCUUCCGCCACCUUCGUCCCGUCCUCCAUUCCGCCGUCGACCCAGAAGCCCACACCUCCCGUUCCACCCGUGGCGCCGAGUUCGAACUCCAACAUGAGACAGAACCUUGCGGCGGACGCGUUCGGUUCGGCUCCCAACACGCUCACGGAACCUGUUUGGGACACGGUGAAGCGGGACCUGUCGAGAAUCGUGAGCAAUUUGAAGUUGGUGGUCUUCCCGAAUCCUUUUCGUGAAGAUCCGGGGAAGGCGUUGAGAGAUUGGGAUCUGUGGGGCCCUUUCUUCUUCAUCAUAUUCCUCGGUCUUGCAUUGUCCUGGUCGGCGUCCGUGAAGAAGUCUGAAGUUUUUGCUGUUGCUUUUGGGGUCCUUGCUGCUGGUGCUGUCAUUCUAACACUUAAUGUCCUUCUUCUGGGUGGACAUAUCAUCUUUUUCCAAAGUCUCAGCCUUCUGGGGUACUGCCUCUUCCCUCUGGAUGUUGGAGCUUUUCUUUGCAUGUUGAAAGACAAUGUGAUACUUAAAAUUAUUGUCGUGUCAAUAACACUGGCAUGGAGCUCAUGGGCUGCUUAUCCAUUCAUGAGUGCUGCUGUCUCACCCAGAAGAAAAGCUCUCGCCCUAUACCCAGUCUUCCUUAUGUACAUCUCAGUUGGUUUCCUUAUAAUUGCUAUAGAUUAGCAGGCAUUGUUUUUUUCAUCGUGCGAGGCUUCAUCAACAAUGUCCAGAAUUUCUUCGUAACUGUUACAGAUUAACGGGCAAUGUUUCUUCAUCUUGCAAAGCUUGAUGAACAAUAUCCAGAAUGCUUUUUUCUUUAAGUUCAGCUGUUGGAGGUAAUUCAUCCAGAGAUAUUCUCAAGGAGCUGCUGGUUUUGAUUUUGUGUUGUCCUGUUAUGCAGUCAAUACUGAUAGCUGGAAGGAUGGAGUUUGUUAUAUACGGUCAGGUCUAUCCUCCCCACUUCAAUUGUUGUAUACCCAUUCACACGGUAAUUGUGGUAAAUACUAUUUUAAGAGGCGUAGGAUAAAAAAAUUGGAGUCCAUCGUGGCAAUUCAUGUACUUUUGUUUCUUUUCUCUCCACAACGGCUUAUUUUUUGUAAUGGUUCUCUUUUUUGUGCAGCAAUUUUGCACAACAGUUUCGAACGUAAUCUGGUAGUAUUAUUCUUAGUUUGUGAGAUUUUGGUUCUCAUUUUUAAGACUAAUUUAUCUGAAAUGUAAAUACCAAUUUCUCCUUA